AUGGGACCACUGGAUCUCCUCACAGCCACGGUUCUCUCCAUGUGCUGUCAUGUUCAGCUGAUAUCUGCUUGGACAGUGAACAAUUUUCUCAUGACUGGACCAAAGGCUUAUCUGACUUACACCAGCAGUGUGCGUAUCGGCGCACAGUGUGGAAUACAAGAGUGUAAACACCAGUUCGCUUGGGAGAAGUGGAACUGUCCAGAAAGCACGCUUCAGCUAUCUACACACAACGGCCUCCGAAGUGCCACAAGGGAGACGUCCUUUGUCCACGCCAUCAGCGCUGCCGGAGUGAUGUACACGCUCACCAAGAACUGUAGUAUGGGGGAUUUUGACAACUGCGGCUGCGAUGACUCCAGAAUUGGACAGACAGGGGGGAAAGGAUGGAUUUGGGGAGGCUGCAGUGAUAAUGUGGCGUUUGGAGAGAAGAUCUCCAAACAUUUUGUGGACUCUCUGGAAGACGGGCAUGACUCCCGCGCAGCAGUCAACCUGCAUAACAACGAGGCGGGCAGACUGGCAAUCAAAUCUACCAUGAGAAGAGCCUGUAAGUGUCACGGAGUGUCUGGGAGCUGCACCAUUCAAACCUGCUGGAUGCAGCUGGCCGACUUCAGAGACGUGGGGAACUACCUGAAGACGAAGCACGAACACGCAAAGAAGCUGGAGAUGGACAAGAAGCCGGUGAGGGCAGGGAACAGCGCGGACAACCGAGGAGCCAUCGCGCACACUUUCCGCAGCAUCGCCAGAACGGAGCUCGUUUACCUGGAGGAUUCUCCGGAUUACUGCGGCAAGAACCAGAGCCUGGGACUGCAGGGCACGGAGGGGCGGGAGUGCCUGAAGGGCGACAAGAGCAUGUCCCAGUGGGAGAGAAAGAGCUGCCGCAGGUUGUGCUUUGAGUGCGGCCUCAGAGUGGUGGAGAAGAGCAUCGAGGUUGUCAGCAGCUGCAAUUGCAAAUUCCACUGGUGCUGCACAGUCAAGUGUGAAAAGUGCACGCACGUUGUUACUAAAUAUUACUGUGCACGCAAAGAAGGUGGGAGAAAGUCACAUAACAAAGCAAAACGCAGGCACCGUGCGCGCCAACAGUGA